AUGCCUGCCCUCGCCAAGCCCGCCUCCCGCCCCGCCAAGACAGCCACGGCGCCGAAGCCGAAGCCCGCCGCCGCCAAGCCGAAGGCAGCUGCCGCCGGGGCCUCCCACCCGCCCUACUUCGAGAUGAUCAAGGAGGCGAUCUCGGCGCUGAAGGAGAGGACUGGCUCCAGCUCCCACGCCAUCGCCAAGUACAUGGAGGACAAGCACGGCGCGUCGCUGCCGGCCAACUUCAAAAAGAUGCUCUCCAUCCAGCUCCGCGGGUUCGCUGCCAAGGGCAAGCUCGUGAAGGUCAAGGCCUCGUACAAGCUCUCCGACGCCGCCAAGAAGGCCUCCCCCAAGCCCAAGGCGAAGCCCGCCGCCGCUAAGACCGCUGCGCCGAAGCCGGCCAAGGACGCCGCCAAGCCCAAUAAGAAGACGGCCGCAGCAGCCAAGCCCAAGAAGAAGACGGCCGCAGCAGCCAAGCCCAAGAAGGCCGCCGCCGGGACCAAGCGCAAGGCGCCGGAGAAGAAGAAGGUGGUCGCGAAGCCGAAGAAGUCCCCCGCCGCCAAGGCUAAGGCCAAGCCCAAGACCGUCAAGUCCCCCGCCGCCAAGAAGGCCCGGAAGGUGUCCGCGUGA